UGUUACUCCAAUAUGGCGGAUCCCUGGCGGCAAGAAUAAACAAGUUCUUCAGUCGAUAAGAAAAACGUUGAAUAAAGUGUGCAGGAUUUAUUUACAAAAGAUAAAGUUUCUUUCACUUAUAUCAAGGUUUUCAUGACCCUUUAAAGCAAGCUUUGAGCCCAACCAAACAAGGUAAUAGCAGACAGAGUGUAAAGCAAUUAAACAUCAAUUGCUGCACAGACUGGCGCAAAGUUUCUUUAAGAGAACUCAGUGAAAAGUCUGACACAAUGGGGACUGGAGCCUCCCACGAGGGGGAGGAGCUUGUUGAUGAUCAUUAUGUGACUCAGUCUCAGACUGGGCCAGCAUCUGGGCCUCACUCACCACGUCAAAGAACAGACAGACGUCAGGUCAGCUCUAGGUCAAGCAUGAAGCAGUCGUCAAGGACCAGCAUGUCGAGAAAUGUUGUUUAUCCACGUCAAACGGAGGCUGCCACAACAGGUGAUGAUACAUGCUUUCCUUGUAAGCCUGCAAAGGGUAUGGAAGAGCCAAUUAUUGGAGUAACAAAAAAUGGAUUCACAGUGGCUGACCUUGCUAUAAUGGAAGGACAGGCUGUAAUCUUUGUCUGGCAGGAGCAUGCUGACCCAGUGGAUAUUGUUCAGGUGAUACAUGAUGGUGACAAACUAAGGCCUGUGAUUGGUGGAUUCAGUGGUAGCUAUAGCAACACAAAGGGGCAGUAUGAACAACAGUUUAACCUGGAGGGAGAAUACAAAUUUGCUUUGUCUGGUGUAAGAUGCACCCCGCUUAUGAUCACUGUCAGACGGAGGGUUGACCUUGUGACAGAAGUCACUGAUGAUGGUUUCACCCCUGACAUCAUUUACAUAGAUCAAGGUCAUAGUAUCAAAUGGCAGUGGAAGGGUUGUUCAAGCCCUCAUUCAGUACAGGAAGUGAAAUAUGACAUGAGCAAAGCUUGUUUUAAACGUGAUGCUGAUUCGUCAGGAAAUGUAAAAACUGUGUCUGGUAGUUACAGACAUACUUUCCCACGUCCAGGAUUAUAUUACUUCAUGACAGAAAGUGUGGAACUCGGCAAACAGCAUUACUGUGUAGUACAUGUGCGUGAGACCCAGAGGGAGUAUCGUGUAGAAAUCAUGGAUCGCUCGUACCAGCCUAUGAUCCUGUUGAUAGAAGAAGGGGACAGGGUAUGGUGGAGCUGGGAUAAAUUGAAGUGUAAGAAACAUCACAGUGUGUAUCAGAUUGAGGCCCCGAGUGUGGAUCAUAGCGAUGAUGAUCCAUAUGUGCCUGUGAAAGAUGGAUUCAGAUGGACCACACCCAGCAAACAAGGUUUAAUGUCAUAUGAGUUUUUCAAGGCCGGCGUAUAUUAUUUCUCGGACCAGAACUUCCAGGAGGCAGCGGAGUAUAUUGGAACUAUCAUUGUAAAACCUAAACAGAAAGAACACUUUAUUGAAUUAACUGAGAAUGGAUUUAAUCCAGAUCUGUUAUAUGCACAAACCGGUGAUAGGAUUUGGUGGACAUGGAACGGGCAAGCCUGUGUCAAUCAGAAGAAGCCACAGCUAUUUGCUAUUAUGGAAACUGACUCUUGUUUGAACCCGAACUCAAAAAAGUCGUCUGCUAAAGAAGGUGAAGAAGUGUUCCAGUACUUAGAUGAUGAGUCUCUCACACUAUGCACCAAGGUUGGUCUGGCAACAACACACUUCUCAACAAUUGGUGUCUACCAUUACAGAAUAGCUGAUAGUCCACAAGACUUCAACACCUGUAGUGUAAUUGUAAACCCAGGACCAAAGAAUCAUACCGUACAUCUAACUGACAACGGGUUUGAGCCCAAGGUGAUUACAGUACGCCCAAAUGACCGAGUGUGGUGGGUGUGGCAAGGUGGCAAGAAAGUGCAUAAUAUUCUUCAGGUAUCACAUCAGGGAGACCCAAUAGAGAAAGGAUUUUGUAGUGGGGCACCACGUGAUGCACCCUCAGCAUUUGUUCAUCAGUUCAUCACCCCAGGCGUGUUCUACUUUCUAAGUCACAGUCUGCCAAAGAUAUUUGGAGCAGUUGUUGUAUCUACUCAACCUCAGGUGCAUGAAGUGAAUGUAGGAAAUGACAUCAAGCCAGAUCCUGUCACUGUAAAACUGAAUGAUAUUGUGUGUUGGAUAUUCCGCAGUAUACGCAUGUACGAUGUGUGUCGGGUAAACAGCAUUGAUCAGGUUGUUGGCAAUGGAAUUCACGACAUUACUGUUCCACCCAGGCGGUGUAUGAGCAAGGCAAUUACAAGAACAGGUGUACAACAUUACUACAGCAAGUCAUUUGCCAAAGGAAAAGGAGGCAAGGAAAAUUACAUUGAUGAUGUAAAAAUUAGCAGUAUUCUGUGUGAUGACAGAUUUGACAAUGCUGUUGUACGUGUAGACAAGGAUGGUUUUCACCCAGCAGUGUACUAUAUACAGAAAGGACAGAGUGUAUUAUGGACCUGGAAGGGUAGUGAGGAGGAGUCACACAACAUUAUACAUGUCAAAUCUCCGGAUAGUGAUGAACCAUUGAAUGUGAUCCAUGGUGCAAAAUCAUUCAACAGUGGCAAGCCUAUACCCAAUAACAGUUUCUUGUACACAUUUGAUGAGGAUGGGUCCUACACAGUGGCAUCACAGGGAUCUCCAGGCUUCUACUGUACUGUGGUGGUCAUGGAUGUUGGAAUGCGAGUAAAGGAACCAUAUCUGGACAGUGCUUCUGGAGGAACUGUUGACCCUGGGACCAGAGUGACCUUGACCUGUGAUACACCGGGAGCCAGAAUAUAUUACACUACUGAUGGUUCCCCAGCUGAAUUACACAUUGAUUCUAUCAAGCUAUACAAACCAGAGAAGGGUAUUACACUAUCGAAUCCUGGACUGAGAUUCGUACGAGCUAUUGCUGUGAAAGAAGGGCGUCUCAACAGUCAUGUUUAUACUUCUGGCCGGUUCUGGGUGUUGGGAGACGAGGGUGAUGAGUCAGACUCGACAGAUAUUUCUGAGGCACAAACCGUUCCAAGACAUAAAACUUCAGCAAAGACUUGGGACUGGUGGGGCUGUAUUCCCAACAUCAGGGCCUGUUUUACUACCCCAGGGACAUUGGAAGUCUUCUGGGAACGGCCAGAAUCUGGACACCUGGCCCUCAUCAAAGGCUAUCAGAUAUUCCUGAAUGGUGUGACGUACUGUGACAUGUUUCCGGUGAGCAAUAACAGUCUGUGUGUCAGUGGAAUGGCUGGUGGAAGACUGUAUGAAGUUGUUGUAGAAGUUUAUGGCAAGAAACCAGACUGUACAACACAGAAAUCAAACAGACUGAAAUUGAAAUGUCCACUUGUAACUCCUGAUGGAGGACCAGUUAUCUCCCUUGAGAGGACAGAGAAGCAGGAUGCCCUUGCAAUAGUCUGGAUGUCGAUUGACUCGCCGCAUAACCCCGUCUCCGGAUAUUUAGUCUUCCUUAAUGACAAACAGUGUGGUGCCCGGCUUGUACCUGAUCCAGAAAGUAACCGGUGUAAGGUUGUGAUAGGAAGUUGUGAGCUAGAGAAACCCUACAAAGUAUAUGUGGUGGCACUACCUGCAGAAAAAUCAAACAAGGAUACAGAAAAUGUUUUAAUGUCCAACGUGCUGGAAGUGAGUCUGCCACUAGACACAUCGGAGAUUCGUUUACCCGUGCGUGAAGCACGUCUGGAUGAGGAGGAACUAUAUUUAGAAUAUUUAGAGGUCAGCGAGGGUUCAGGAUAUCUACCAGCUAUGGAUACUACAAGGUCUUCAAAAUUGGAUGAAUCACGAGGUUCACAUAUGUCGUAUGGUUCUCGUGCAUCACGAGGAUCACAUGGAUCAUUUAGGGGACAUCCAGCCUUGCAGCCAAGCACACCCUCGCUUGAGGAAACUCCCCGCUAUGUUCUUAAACUCCAUGCACAAAAAGAACAAGUUCCAGCUUCUCCAAAACAGAGAGUCACACCUCGUUCUGUUAAAAGUCCCCUCCUACCAAAGGAAUCCCGCCCACCUCCUGUCAUUUUUGACGCCUCAGCUGGAGAUGAACGUAGACAACGUGCAGAACCAGAACAUUCUAUUGAGGUGGAGGAGCAGAGAUAUAGAGCACUUAAGGAAAGAAGAUUAAGAUCACGGAGAAUUAACUUCAUCGGAUAUGUUCAUGGCCAACCCCAGCUACUCUCCUCUAUAGAGGAUGAUCAGAGUGUGAUGACAGACGACAAUGAGAAGUCCACACAGACAUCGUCACAGACACCACAGAAAUAUAAACCAGCACUGAACCAUGACUUUAUCCCUCCAAGCCUUCAGGAAAGAAGAAUUUUGCCACGGGGGCAGAAACGUCUGCCUCCAUCUGAAAGUGAGACAGAGACAGAAACUGAGACUGAGACAGAAACCGAAACAGAGACGGAAACAGAAACUGAUCAGCCUAGUAGCAUGGUUGUCAUGGAUGCACAAAGACCAAUUGCUCCUCAUGUGGCUCACAGAAAGAAGGAAAAAACUCCAAGGACACCAAAAACACCAAAAUCUGGACGAGAGUACGAGACUCCGAGGCAAAGGGGUGUUAGUGUUAUCAGAGAUGGGCGUAGCUAUGUUGAAGUUGAGGAAGAUGGAACAACGUCUUCAGAACUGGAGGGGGCAUAUAGUCCACAGCAAACGACUAGUUUUGAGAAACCACGGAAAAGGAGGAAAAACAUGGCAAUUAUAGAGGUGCAAGAUGCUGUUGAGCUUGACGCUAGAAGAAAUGAAGAAUCAAUGGAAGAAGAACGUCAAGUUGCUGUACCAGCCAGUACUAAAGAGAGUAUGAGGCAGAUAGAUGAGGGACAGUUCAUCAAAAGUGAUGGGGAAGGUAUACUUCCAGCACCUUCUAUAAUGGUAGAAAGUCGUGGUAAAAAUGGUGUACAUGUCAACUGGCAGUUGCCACGACAACCUGAUCCCGAGUACCGUCUGCUACUGUUUGUUGUCAAUGUUGUUGGCACCAGAUUCCAGGGUGGAAUUAAUAGUGAUAUCAGCUUUGAAUGUAAUUUAGUGGAGAAAGGGAAGCAAGUGCGAGGGGUCCAGCACUGCUGGAAUAUACAGGAUAAGAAUCGUUGUACUGUCAGUGGACUGGUACCCGGUCUUACAUAUAGACUGUAUGUGAUUGCUAAUUACACCAUGCUACAUGGGCAACAGCCAUGCGAGAUCCAGACCACAUCCUCUGUGAUAUACUACACAACUGUGGGGCCACCACACCCACCUAGGUUCAGGGUUGUGAGUGUUGAUAUGCAUCAGGCCUUACUGGAGUGGGAACCACCUAGAAUGCAUGAAGAUCUUCAGCUGAAGGGUUACCAGAUUUAUGUUGACAACAAACCACUAGGUAACAUUCGUAACAAAGACACGCGUCAGAUGAUGAUCAACAACAUGGUUCCCGGCAAGACAUUGAGUGUAUAUGUUGUGGCUGUUACAAAGCAGGCAACUCAGGAAAGUGAACCAUCCAGAGUGUUACACAUCACGUGUCCCCGACGACCACCUGAUAUAGUAGUUGCCCAGCAACCGUCCUACCGACAAGGAACUGUCCUUAUAUCAUGGGAGCGACCAAAAGGUCACACGUAUGCCACAAAUGAAGAAGACAUCUCACUUUAUGGUGUAUAUGUUGAUGGGAAGUGGUAUGGAGAAGUGAAGUCAAACAAGCUGGGUAACAAACAUGGCUACCAGUAUAUACUGAAUGACCUUAACCCAGAACAGAGUUACGAUAUAAGUGUCAAGGCCAUAUCUGGAUAUAAACGUAUUGACCCUGAUGCCCAACACAUUUUCUGUCUCAGUGAAGGUCCAAUGUCAAAUGUUAUUAAUGUGAUGGCCCCGGCUGCCCCAAAGUCGCCAAAGUUAAGACUUGAGGGUUUGACCCCAGAGGGUAUUGAUGUCACAUGGCUUGUACCCCAACAACAUGGAGAGGCUGCUAUUUCGGGAUAUCAAAUGCUGAAAAAUGGUCGUCUUUAUGGAUCUAUCAUACCACCAGAGGUUAACAGCUUACGUAUACGUGAUGUCUCUCUUGGUGAAAAAGUUUCCCUACAGCUAAUUGCCUUGACGGAGCACCCUGUUGGCAAGAUUGACAAACGUACUGAACUCCUCGAAAAGGAGGCUGAGGGCAAAGAGGAAGCUGGAGCAGAAAAACAAAAGCUGAUAUUGUUUACGGAUGAUGUACAAAUGGUCCGAAAACGUGAUGCUAAUGUUCAGACUGGAGACAAAAGUGAAAAGAUGGUAGAAACUAACUAUGAAGAUGUUUUUGUUGGAGAUAGAUAUGCAGGGUGCCGUCCCGGUGCAAAACUUGUUGUCCACUAUACUGGACUAGUUUGUCCACCAUCACAGGUCUGGUGUGAACGUGUUACUGGACAUUCUGCACUGGUAGUCUGGAACAAAGAUGAUGAGCCAAAAUCUCAUUUUAUUCGAGCGGACAGUUACCAGGUGACUUGGUGGCCUGGAGACAAACCUGAGGAUGACAUCAACAGUGACAGCACUUCAGAGGAUCAUCUGUUGAUCACAAACCUCCGUCCAGCUACCACCUACACCAUUGUUGUAGAGGCAAGAAAAAUGGAGAAGUACAAAGAUAUAGAUGAAGAGGCAGAAACAAUGGGACGUGAGACAGUGAGUGCCUUUAUACUGACAGCAAAAUCAGACAACCUUCUUGUGAGAACUGCCCGCCCACCAGACGCACCAUCAAACCUCGGCAUUAUCUCGACUACAUGCUCAGCAAUCAAAAUUGCCUGGGAUCCACCUAGGGAACAUGGUGUAGAUGUACUAGGCAUUAGAGUUGAUGCUGUGUCACUGAACACGGGAGAUCCUCACCAUAUAUCAGUUGACGUCAUUCCUGACGCGACCACUGCUGUUAUCCAGGGAUUGCGUGAGAAAACAGACUACAUGAUUCGUAUAACAGCAAUCACAGAUGAGUAUUUUGACCGGCUUCCUGAUAAACACAGACUCAAAACUGCACGCACCAUUCCAAAAGACACAAUUUUACCAGCUGACGAUUCACCCUGGUUACCAAAUUCAAGCAUUUUGGCAAAAACUUCUGGUACAGAGCCGCCUGCUGCAUUGAAAAUUGCAAAGGCAUCAACCUCUUCACUAAAACUUGUCUGGACACCGCCAAUUGUGUAUGGCUCUAAUAAGCUGCAAGGGGUUAUUGUUAGGUGGGCCGAUGUUAAAUAUAACAAGAGGAAGGAAGAUGACGAUUUUGUGGUUGCAAGUCAUGUAAAUCUACUGCCAACAGAGGACACGCUUGUAAUUGAUGAUCUCACUCCUGGAAAUCAGUACAAGAUUAUUGUUGAGGCAGUUGUUAGCGUUAAAACUUCACUAGAAAAAGAUGAUGAUAUUGGCUCUGGAAUUGAAAAAUACAGACGCACAGCACACAUCAUGUCUCGUCCAUUAUAUGCGCGUACACGUGCACCGACAGAACCACCAGUCCUGUUGGUUACAGGUUACACACAAACUACAGCACAAUUAUACUGGGAGAAACCGUUACUGAUGUCAGUGGUUGGGAAAGAUGCCGAGGGUAAACCACGUUACCUACGCAGGUAUCUGGAGGGUUACAAGCUAGAAAUUAAUGGAAAGACAUACUGCCAUCUUGGACCAUCAGCACAAAGUUGUCAGCUCACAAAAUGUAGGCCAGGAAAACUGUACCAUGUGACCCUUGUUGCCUUGACCUGUACAGAACAAGGCAAGAAGGAGAGAAAACGCAAGUACAAAGGUGCUUACAAGAACACAAACCCUCAGGAUAUGGACUAUGGUCUACUUCUAGAAGAUGAAGAUAACUUGGACGCUUCCCCUUCAGAACCACUGGAAAUCACACUGCCAAAGAAUAUGGAUGGCUAUAUUCAUUCCCUUGAUGCAUUCUUCACCCACAACGAGGACCGUGACAGCAAAACAUUUGGUGAUGUUCAGUUACAGUGGACAACACAAGGUGGCGAGAAAACGCUACUGAAGCAGUUCAACAUUAUCUGGUACUCGCAUGAUGACCGUGUGGUACAAACAAAAUAUGUCAGCUCUGACUUCAGCAAGUGUCAGAUACCAGUCACACGAUUGAAGAGUAUAUAUGACAUGGUAGUAGAACCAGCUUACUUCACAGAUACUUUACCACAGCAACCACAGAACAUACAGAUCAUGAUCCCUGGGCCACCUGACCCACCUGAAAUCUUCCUAAAAUCAUCCAGUCCUGAUGAAUUUGUCAUAGAAUGGGGUGAACCAAGACUGUACGGAGGGGUCAGGGUUAGAGGUUAUCAGGUGUAUUUGAAUGAUAAAAAGGCGGGAAAUGAACUAAGCAGUACCCAUAGGAAAGCUGUCAUACCUUGCAGACCAAACAGACAUUACAAGGUGAAUUUAGUUGCCCUCAGUGCUAACCCAGAAUAUUCCGAUUCUGGUAAAUCAAACACACUCUCAAUUAAUACUUCCCUCCACUCCCCUCGUGAGGGCGAGGCCCUGGAUGAGAUGACAUACACUGAUGACCAUGACAUUCCUGUGAAGGUCACCAAGGUUACAGAGACGUCAAUUCAUUUAGACUGGAGCAACUUCUUAGAGACUGACGGCAUUGGGUGUUACAAGAUUCAGUGGAGUAGUGUUGCUCAACCAGCGGAGAGAGAAGUAAGACUGUCCUGUAAAGACUCAAACUGUGUGAUAAACAAAUGCCUUCCCGGAACCACACAUUUUGUCAGGUUACUUGCCCUUGAUGGGGAUGGACAGAUUAGGGAACGGUCUAAACAGAUGACAGUUCAGACCUCCGCUCCACCAGAUGGACCAUGUUUGACAGUAAGAGCUUGUAAUUUCCGUUACAUUGCGAUCCAGUGGGACAAACCAAACACGUACGGAGAUGCAUUGAUCACCGGGUACAAAGUUUAUGUGAAUGGUAUUGUAGAGUCAAUCCUGAAUGCAGAUCAGCUCAGUUAUACAUACACACAUGGCAAAUGGUGUCAGGAAUAUUCCUUCCAAGUCCAGGCUUUAACAGCAUUUGAGAAGAUGAACAGUAAGCCGUCAGAGCCUCUGGUUGUGGAGUGGCCGGGAACCAAGGCUCCCAGUGUGCAUAGACUGCCUACACAUACAAGUUCAAACCUGCGUGUAGGAUGGGAGGAUCCCUAUGUUACCGAGGGUGUCAAAGUGAAACAUUUCAGGGUAUGUUGUGUUGAAGAGGACACAGAGAAAAUGGUAUCAAGUAUUGGACCUGUUCACCCAGACACGAGGGAAGCCGAGUUUAAACAUAUCAAAAAGGGCAGCUACAAUAUCUAUGUUGAAGUGCAUUUAUAUGGAACAAGUGAGGUUGUAUGUUCGGACUAUAUCCGAUUACAACCAGCACCUGCACCGGACGCUCCAAGGAUUGCAGCUACUGUUGUAGGAUUUGAUGAACGAAGACAAAUUGAGAAAAUUACAUGUGAUCUAGUCAACAAAAGGGAUAGAUUGAUAAGACAGGUUGGUCACAAGUUGAAGGAGAUUGGAGCGUUGACUCACCCACUACGUGCAGAGAAGGACCGUGAUGUGAUUGAAGCAGCUCACACACUUACCAGGGUGGAAGAAGUGCUGGAGGAUUGUUUCUCUGCACUGGAGAAUUAUACUGGUCAGUUGAUAGCCCAUGUCAGUUGGCAAUGUCCCCAGUCAAAGGAUAUAGAGGUCACAGGGUACAAUGUACUUAUUGAUGGGAAACAGUAUGGCAAUCCCAUGCAUGAAGGUGUCAAAACAGUCAGAAUAAAGCUUGGAACAGAACAACCUAUGUACAAACUAACAAUGGUUUCCCUGACUGACAAGCCGGCUGCUGCAAGUGAGGAGUCAAACAGUAUAGAUCUGAUAUCUGAAGCAUUUAGACCUUUCUCCUUCUAUUGUUACCAUAGUGUACACAGCAAGGGCAAAUGUUGGCCUGAACAUGGUUGUUGUAAAUACCAGGACUCCAUUGCUUACGAACGUCAGCUAGCUAAGAAACUGGCCAAUCAGGGCUUGCUCAAGAAACAUGUACCACCACCGUCAUGUAGCCUGCUGGAUAUCUUUGAGGGAGAGUACAAACCUCUGCUACAGGGACACACCAGACAGUACCCCACAGCUAUACUGUUCUGGACACCAUGGUGUCUACCAUCACAGAAAGUGAUGACCUACUUUGCCCGAUUUGCACGAGAAACCACCAAAGAGUACAACUUUAUUGCUGUAUCAUGUAACACCAGUGGUAACACGGUGACGGAGAGGAAGGACCUUAUUCAUAUGAUUACAGCCAAUGGAUGGAGAGAAGACGGCUCUAUAUGGCACGCUACCAGUCAGUGUGCCUCAUCUGUGUAUGAAGCCACAAACCAUAUAUGGAAAAACACUACCGGAGGUAUCAAGAGAGACGCUGACAUUGAGACAGAGAGUAAUGUAGAUCUGACAGAGCUGCUUGGUAUAGCUGGUGUACCGACAUUCUUGUUCAUUCAUCAAGAAGGAUAUAUAGCAUGGCAUGGCCGAUACAGUGGAUAUGAUUACGGAUCUUUUUCUGCAUUUAUGAGACACACAUUCAGUGAGGUGUCAGCCGUACCAUGUCCGGUAUUCAAAUGUGAUAGCUGUAGAAAUGAUACCUCCAUUGAUGAUGAGGCUAUAGAAACAAUAUUAGGAUACAUGAACACCCAGACGCCCUUCAAGAAUAUCGUCAUCAAGCCCCAUCGACCUAUAUCUGCCAAAUCAGAUGGUGACCAGUCUGUGGAAAGAAUAUUCAUGAAACGGAAACCCAGUCCAAAACGUAAAAAGCAACAGAAGAGUAAACUGACCGUAAAUCAACGUCCGUAUUCGGCACAUUCUACAACAUAUGCGUACUUACUGAAGAGCCCCUACAUGGAAAGACAAACACCUUCUCCAAAAACACAUAAAGUGUUGAUGCGACCGGCCAGCAGUAAAAACGUCCAAGUUGCUUAUGAAACAUUGUGAUAAUCUUGUGCUAAUUAAACCAUCAGAAUUAAAUAAUGGGGCAGGUGAAAAGUAUAUCUGAUCAAGAUCAUCAGCAACCUCUUUAAAACAGAAAAACAGCUCAGUUUUCAUUGAACUUGAUUAAAAAAAAAGUGACUCUUGCAGGUGAACGAUAUUGGAACAAAAAGUAGACAAUAAAUUAAAUGUUGUUGCAGAGAAGUCAACAUAUUAGAGAAAUAUUGCUGAUGGAGUAAGCUCAAUUAAUUUGUUAUCACAUGAAGAUACAAGGACAAGUUUUAAGGCAUUUUUGUUUUUCUUUGCUUAGGGUUAGAUUUUAAGAUUUAGAUCAUACUGGUAGUAUUAAAACUUGUAUUUAUUAUAAUCUCCGUCAAAAUUUCUGUGAUAUUUUUUGUAUUUAUUUUAGAAGGAAAUGGGGUAGAAUAGAACUAGAGAUUGAUUUUUGUUCACAAACUGGUACUGUAAAACAUAUUUAUAAUGAAAGUCUUGCUGAGAGAGCUUUUGAAUACCUGAAUUUCAAGGUCAAGAACUUCUUCCCCAGUAAAGACUGGGGUUAUCCCUAACCUUGUACAAAAUUUAAAAAUCCUGUUUCAUCUAAAUCACUUGUCCUUAGCGUCUGCUUCAUGCGAGGAAGUUGUUAGAUUAUAAAGUUACUAGUAACUGACCAACACAAGCAACUGUUUAUAAUGAACAGCAGUGUUACCAUAGUGAUUGUGUUUCAAUUUCUGUUGAAUUUAGUGUGAAGGUCAAUAUUAAUGGGGGAAAAAAGAUUUCAGUUUGUCUGUACACAUUUUGUAUUUAUUGUUUAUUACAAAUAUGUUUUACUUGCCGUGUUUGUAUGGUAUAUACACUGAUUGAGUUCAGAUGAGCAUGGUUCCUUGAGGUAUUGGGAGUCAUAAAAUGAAUUUAUUACAUGUUGUACAACAUUGUAAUAGAAACACUGUUGUUAAAACAACAAUAAACCUGACGGUUGGUAGAUACUAUAGUCGGUCAUAAAGCUUUAACCUGCUGUGUUGUCCCGAUGCAUGUAGGGGCCUUCGGUUGAUUUCUAUCAAGAGUUAAGUUGCUUAGAAGUAUGUGUACUAUUGACUGUUUGGCAACACAAGCAUUGUCUUGCUCUUUUACAGGUGUAAACUAACAUUAUUAUUGAAAUUAUUUAUAUAAAACAGUAACAAUUAGCAUGUCAUGUAGAUUAUCACAUCCAGUGUUAAUGAAAACUGUUCAUUGUUUACAGGCUUGUGAAUUGUUGAAAACAGGCUAAUGUAUCAUCCUUGUGAAAUAAAGCUAUAGUUACAGUUAUGUUUCCAAAACUGAUUCUUUGCAACUGUCAGAUUUACUAUCUGUAAUUAAUACAAUAAAUAGGAACUUGUAUAGAAAAUGAAGACUAAAUUAGUUACACAAAUGCUCAAAGAAUAGAAACAGUUGAUAUUUAUUUUUCUGUUUUAUAUAUAUUCCGUCCAGAAAUGUCUUUCAUUCUUACCACAUAUAAUAUCUGUGACUUGUGUUUUUUGUCUUACUGCAAACCAGCACAGUAGUCUUUGUAUAAACAUAAUCCCGUUUGGAAUGCAUAGAUAAUUCAAAUGGUAACUAUGCAUUUUUCACAUACUUAUAAUUGUAGCAAAUUUAAUGUUUUGUGUACAAAAAAAAAUGUACAUAUGCAUAUCAUACACUGUUAAAUAUAGCACAAAUAUUGUAAUAUAACAACCAGUUCGAUAUUUAAAUAUUACAUCGUUUUGGGUUUUUUAAAAUCAGAAAUGAUUCUCAUCUUUAUUUUAUAGAGAAUACAUCUUACAUUUUUGCCCUGACUUAUAUUUUUUUUGGCUUGUGCUUGAAGUUCUGUAGAAUAGAAAGAAAUUCUGUGUGUAUAUAUAUAUAUAUAUAUAUAUAUUGAUAUAGUUGUAUUUUGUUUGUUUCUAUAAGCUGUGAUAAAAUGUUACAAAUUUUUAUUUCUUAAUAAUGUUUAUAAGUUAUUUAUUAUAAACAUUUAAUGGAAAAUUGUUGAGUCUGGUAUGUUUUGUCCAAAUCUGUUUCUGAUAAAUGGAUUCAGUAACUCGUUAAACCUAAAUGGGCACACAGUAUUUGGCAUUGUGAUUUAAUGAGUUUUUUGAGAAACAUGGAAAUAUUGGCCCAGUUGUUCAAAACUUUAAUAGACUGUUAAACUAAUAGCUUGUUAAAUUUUAAUUCAAAAUACUAGUCCUGGUGGGAAACACUAGUACGAUGUUUUAAUUUUACUGUAAAGACAAUUUAGUGUUCAUAAUCCUUAAGUCAUAUAUUUGGUUUUCUAAGUUUUCUAAAAUGCUGAAAAAUUACUUUUAAAAGUUAAUCGACUGUUAGCUUUAUCAACUGUUAAAGUUUCGAACAACUGGGCCAUUGUGUAUUACUUAGAAUAUGGUUAUUAUUAUUUUAGAAUAUAUCAAACAAUACACUUGCAGUGUUACCCAUUCCGCGAGUAUUAACUACCUAAGUUGAUUUUAUUUUAACUUUUAUUUUAAUUGCUAUUUUUUUUUAAUUAUAAUGCAUUUGUUUAAUUUAGAAGUUUAUAAAGUAGGAAUUAUAUAUUUGUGUUUAUUCAGUAUUCGUGCUAGGUAAACUGGUGUUUAGAAAAUCAAAAUAACUUUAUGUUCCUUUUUUUCUUUUAGUACAAGUAAUAAAAAACUUAUCAAGACCUUUUAGGGAUUUUAUUGUGUGUUAGAAAUUAUUUUUUUAAUAAGAUUGUUUUGGUUUAAAUAAGUAGGUGAAGAAUAAAAGGUGGGUCAGGUAUGGCAGACAUUUUGUAAUAGGCUUUUAUACGAGUGCAGAAAAAAUGGCCAUUUUGGUUUCAUUUGAAGACACAGUUUUAUAAGUGGAUCUAACCCAUCCACCUACUGAUUUUAUUUAAGCUAAACAAUUUAUUUAUCAUAUAUUGCUUGGACCAAAGAGAUACGCUUUUAAAUUUAUGCCCAUUAUAGGAAAAAUGUUAUCUCAACUGGUAAAUAAUGAUAAACUUAAUAGUGCUUUCUGACAUUUUAAUCAUAUGUAUAAGAACUUUAUCAUAUAAUGCUAUAUAAAGUAGAAAUAACAUACAUUUAUUCUUUAAGCUUAGUUUUUGAUUGGCUAAAUACUCAUUUCACUUUCACUAUCAUUUAUAGUGUUUCUUUAUACUUUCAACUUGGCAUUUGUUAACCCUUAUCCUGCUGAAUUUCUAUAAUGAACUGGUCCAUCUUUCAUUUCGGACAGUACCAUUGUCUGUCAAAAGGGAUGCAUACCAAAAAAGAUAGUGACUGAAUGGUGAACAGUGCAGAUUAUGAUCAGACUGCAUGGAUGUGCAGGCUGAUCAUGAUCUACACUGGUUGCAAAGGCAGAAUCAGUCGUGUCCAGCAUGAUAAGAGUUAACAGAAGUCCAGCUAUUGUACUGAUAGCAAUUAAGUGUUGCUGACCGCCCUUUGUUUCAUCUUAAAUUCUUAGUAGCUUUUGUCAGCAAAUAAAUAAUGGUAGAUUAACCAGAUUGACCUUGACCUUACAGAAUUUCUGAAGUGGACUGGUCCACCAAUCAAUUUGGGCAGCACCACUAUAUUACUGGUAUUCAAAGGGGUGUGCAGGCUGAUCUUGGUCUGCUCUGGUCGCAAAGGCAAAAUCACUGGCCGCCAGCAGGCUAAAGGUUAAUCUUAAAAUAAUGGCUUCAGAUAAAAUUUAUAAAACCAGUUUUCCAUAAAUUUGGUGACAGACAGACCAGCAUCUUAUAUUCUUUAGAUUUUCAAAGGGGUCAGUUUUAGUUGUUUCUUCUGCCAGAUGAAUCAGGAAUUUCAUAUGACAUCUUUCCACAGAACUUUUACUUAUUUUUCAUUUUAUAAAUUAUCUUUAGUAAUUUUGUUUUUGUUGUUAUGUUAGGAGUAUUUAAAUUCUGCUCUUAUUUUAUGUAAUAAAAUUAGAUAAAUAGUCAAA